UGAACUCUUUUAUCUUUCGGAUGUCAAUGACGAUUACAGAAAUUGACCUCUGGGUCAAGCAAGCAUCACGCCAGCGUUAAUUCUUAGUGCAGUGACAUCUUCAAUCAAAUUAACAUCUCUUUUGUGAGUUCAGGUGAAUGUGAUACGAUGAGGUUCCUGUUGUUGUUAUCUUUCUUUUUCGUGGCAUCGUUCGCGCAACAAAAUCCACUCAAGGACCCGAAUAUCUGUGGAAGGCCGACGUGCAAAGAUGGAGGAAAAUUUAAAUAUAAAAUCGGAAUAGAACAUUCUUAUAAAUAUACAGUGGAUGUAAAAUCAUUAUUUGAUGGUACGAGUAAAAACGAGUCAACAUUACAUAUAGAAACGGUAGCAUCAAUAGAUAUAACGUCAAAUUGUGAUGGAAUUUUAACAUUAACUGACGCAAGACUGAGUAAUAAACCUUUUUUAAACGAAGUGGUUGUCGACGAAGACGAUAUUCCGGAGCCUGAAUACCUCGAUUUUGUUGACGCUUUAAGCGAGUUUAGUAUAAGAUUUGCUUUUCACGAUGGGAUCAUUUCCGAGGUGUGUCCCGAGGUUGGUGAAAAAAAUUGGGUGAUGAAUUUUAAGAAAGGGUUAUUGUCGAUGCUUCAUAAUACGAUGAAUAGGUUUGAUUUGGAUCAUGAAGAAGAAGAGGAAGAUGUUCAUGGGAAGUGUGAUGCCACGUAUAGAUUGUUAGCGCCGAAUGAGACAAGUUUGGUUAUCGAGAAGACGAAGGAUUUGAGUUUGUGCGAAACCAGAUCAAAGUUGCAUUCGAUCGUACAGUCUACACCUUACAGUUUUAAACCGAAAUCGGCAGAAUCGAACUUGUUGAAGUCGUCCAGCAGGUGCCUGAUGUACAUCCGGAACAACAUUUACAAAGAGAUAUCGUGUGAGGAAAAGCACGUAUUUCAACCGUUUUCCAAUAAGGACUCCGGAGCCGCAACGAUUGUAAAGCAGAGGCUAACGUUGAUUGAUGAGAUAUCGAAAAAAGUGGAUGAACAAGACCCGAUCGAAAGAAGGACGCCUUUAUCUUAUGAUCCGGUGCCUACGCCCAAACCUACAUACGGCGAACUGAAGACAUCGCGGGAUUUGAUCAAGAAACUGUGCAAGCUGAACGCGGAUGAUGUCCAAAUAGAGUUUUCCGAUUUGUUCACCAAGUUUAUCCACACCGCUAGAAUACUGUCGUAUUCAUCUCUCUCGGUCUUUUACGAAAAGACUAGCUCGCUGUGUCCUUCCGCCAAAAAGCACGUUUUAGAUGCGUUGCCACACUUAGGGAGUAGUGCAUCAGUUCGGUUAAUGAAAAACAUCAUUAUUAGAGAUGGCGUGCCCUUAAGAACCACGAACGAGUGGAUGACAUCUGUGGCCCUCAUACCGCGGCCGGAUAUACAUAUGGUGGAGGCUAUGCAGCAGUUAUUAGAAAAUAAAUAUCACGUAGCCACGGUGCCCUUAGGGGUGUCUUCCUUAACGCACACGUUUUGCAUGCAAAAUCCAGACUGCAUUUCCAGAGAAGCUGUGGAAACCAUCGUCAAACAUGUCGAGGAACGAACAAGAUCGUCUUACGAAACCUCCGAACGUGAUCGAGUCACCCAAGAAGCGCUCAUAAUAUCCUUGAAAUCUCUCGCCAACAUUGGAAUUAUCAACGAGGACUUUAAGGACACCCUAAACCGUAUGAUCGAAGAUUCCACUCUCCAUACGAGUAUCAGAGUCGAAGCUAUUCAAGUCUACCGUCGCUAUACAUGCGAGAAUUCCCGAAAUUAUUUCGAAACCAUAUUUAGAAACGUCUCUGAAGAUACGGAAAUUCGAAUCGCCUCUUACCUUCAAAUCAUGAGGUGUCCCGAUUAUUUACUUUUAUCAACCGUGCGCCACGCUUUAGAAGUCGAGGAGGUUAAUCAAGUUGGUUCUUUCAUAUGGACUCACCUGAAUAAUCUUUUGAAGUCGUCGAUCCCGACUCGAGUAGAAAUCCAAAGUCUGCUCUCCGAAAAGGACCUGGUUAAAAAGUUCAGUAAUGACGUACGUAAGUUCUCCAACAACUACGAGGGUUCGGUGUUCUUCGAGGAGUAUAAUAUGGGUGGUAACUUCGAGGGCAACCUCAUAUUCUCGCCGUCGUCCUACGUCCCUCGAUCGGCGACGUUCAACUUAACCGUUGAUUUAUUCGGAGAGUCCAUCAAUAUCUUCCAGAUAGACGGUCGGUUUGAGGGUUUUGAGCAUUAUUUGGAAUCGAUCUUUGGACCGAAAGGGCCCCUCACCGGCGAUAAGAUACUAAAUAAGUUGCCUAAAAUUAGAUGGCCCAGGGCUGCGAAUGAAGCCGAAACGUUGCAGUCGGAGAUAGAUAAAUAUUCCCACUUUAUCGAUAAUAAUAAUUCUGAUAAUCCAAAGUUAGGUUUUGCUAUUAAAGUGUUUGGGAACGAUUUGAAAUACGUCACAUUCAACGGGCAGGAAGAAAUUCGAGACGCAUUGAGCGAGUUGAAUCCGAUUGAUUUUUUGAAACGAAUCUUAUCCGGGAAAGAAAUUAAGUACAACAAAGCAACGAUGUUUUUGGACAGCAGUUAUGUGGUGCCCACCGGAGCUGGGCUCCCGCUAACUUUAAACGCCAUUGGAACGGCGGCUAUAAACCUAAAACUGCAAGGAUCUUUGACUUCGGCAAAUUUCAAAAAGAAUCUUACCUUAGACAUGGAUGCUCAUCUUCAACCUAACGUUGCUUUAGACAUUGUAGGAAGCAUGUCUGUAGACGCUUAUUACCUGGACACCGGAAUUAAAGUUAAGAGUAGUUUGUACACAGCGUCCACCGUGGAAGCAAACGUCGCUGUGAGAAGCACCAAACACAUUAAAGUUUCUUUUGGGAUGCCCAAGCAAAGCGCGGAUAUCAUAGGAGCAAAAUCGGAAUUAAUUGUAAUGAAAGGAGGCGCGGAGGAGAAACAGUCCGGUAUUGAAAAAAAUAGAGUGUCUCAUUCGUUGUGUUCAUGGCCGGUGGAAGUCAUAGGGUUGAAGCUGUGCGCUCGGUACGAUUUCGCAAACGUGACUAAAAUGGAAAACGCCCCCAACUUUAUAUUGGCCGGUCCGUCGGCAUUCAAAUUGGGAAUUCAAAAAAUUGACCCCACAGCGAAGACAUACCUAAUGGAAUACAGGCACAAUACUGUUGGCGAUAAGACCGACAUUAGCUUUAUUUUCGAGACCCCGGGGGCCGUUACCCAAAGGGUCUUGUCGUUCAAUAUAUCCCAUAACGAUGAAACCGGCAACCUAACGCUAAAUUUAGACUCUCUCAAGAACAACUUCUUAGCGAAGGGAGAGUACAAGAACACCGACGCCGAAAAAUAUUUGCAGCUAGCCUUUGACGUCAACUCCGAAAGAAAAUUCGGCGCCCUCUUAUCUCUACAAAAGACACCUAUCCACCAUGGGUUUAACUACUCCCCAAAACUCAUUUUAGAUGUCAAUAAUGAACGUAAAGCUGGUAUUAAAGGAAUAAUAAAAUCUGUGGAAAAACAAGGAGUCGCCCAAACCGAUGUUAAUUUAAACUUUCAAACAAAAAAAUUAGAAUCCCAUUUAUUCGGGUAUAUAACUAAAAAGGAAACGACGUUUGGAGUAAAUCUUAUAUUAGAUUACACGUUCGUUAACACAUCAACGGAAAGAGUCAACUUUCUUUUCGAGGGAUCCAAUAAAUCGAAGCAAAGAUUAAUAAUAUACGUAGCGAAUGCGGUGUUUAAUAACACUCAAUACCCAGAUGUAAAUUUUAAUUCUACAUUCAAAUCAAUGAAUGGGGAGAGACAUAUGGAUUUAAAAUUUGGCAUGGAAUUCGGAGAGAGCGUGUUUAAAGGUGAAGAAUCGAGGGCAAACACGAGCUACUUUCAAGCGGCUGUCGCUCAUAAGUUUAACAAGAACCUAACGAUAUUCGAAGCAUCAACGUCGUUGACGAAAGAAGCGACGAAUUUAGACUUAGGGUUAAAUUUCACUUGGACGGUGACGCACGGUUGUAUUUACGAUGGAAAGCUGUCUACACGGUACGCCGAGGGGAAGGACAUUAUCAUACGCACGCACUGGUGGAAUCCCAAGCAACCGUAUAAGCACCUUCAGGGAAGGCUCAAUAUCACCGUUCCUUCCUACAAACCCAUGAUAUUGGAGGGCCAUUUGAAAGAACAGGAAAAUAGCUACGACAUCGGCUUGAAAGGAGUGUGGUUCACCGGAUUCAACAUGGAAUUGGGCGGAACUUAUUACGAUAAAAGCACCGUCAGUCAAUCCGACCAUCAUUUUAAAAUGAUGAAAUUAAAAUCGUCCAGUUUCGACGAGAUAAUAAUCGACCUUCACUUCUACGUGGAUAACGAUAAGCUUAAGGUGAAUUUGGAAGCGAAUCAAUCCAAAGACAACUACCAGCUGUACUUUGAGCACUUCUCCAAGUCCGCUAUCGACAUGCAAACGCAAGGCAAGAUCAAGUAUAAAACUAAAGUUUACUGGUUCGCGAAUUCUAUAUCCAGUAAAGCGGACCGACAGAUAAAGCUGGAGCUUCACAUUGACCAAUUGCGAGAUAUCCACUUGGAGAUGUGGGGCCAUAAUAAGGAGUCGCAUAAAGACCUGGGCCUCGAAAUCAAAUGGGAUGCCAACCGCGACCCUAACCAAAAACUCGCGGUCACCAUCUACAUCGCCAACCCCGGCCCCUACGACUACCGUGGAAACUUAGACGUCUCUUAUCCAGGGCGAUCCAUCAGGGGGGAAUAUAAAUUUCUUUGGGAAGCCGGUGAUUUUUUGACGUUGGCACGACUGGCGUGGAGCCCCGAGGACGCUUUUCAGGUACAGGUUGGAGUGAACUACAAGAGCGGAGAGGAAAGCUACGUAAUGUUUAAAUCUGAGUUGCUGACGCCGUUCGAGGAUUUAAGGAGGACGUCGCUGAGCGCCGGGUACCACCACAUGGAUAACAUGUACAGGGUGAACGGGAGCAUACAUUGGCAGCACGAUCAGCGUGUAUAUGUCGAUCUAUACGGCGAUUACUCCGGCCUGGCUACGCCAUUCUUGUGCGAGCUUCGAUUAGCUCUCGCCAGCACGGUACACGACAUACCCUCCUUCAGUUUAAGUAUUAAACAUAGCCAUAACGCGACGCAAAUAGAUACAAUCGUCCACGUAAUGCACGACCCGAGCCAGAUGAUCGAUUUAAACAGCUCGUGGAAAAUCGACGAGGACCAACGGAUGAAGAAUUUAACCGGCACCGUUACCAUACGUACCCCCUACAAGGGCUUCAAUAAGGGACUCCUUGUUAGCAAGAUUUAUGUAACUAAUUCCAGAAACCUUAAAGGGGUGGCCGAUUUAGACAUCGAUCAUCGAAAAUUUACCGCCACCGUCGAAGGAGAUUUUCAAAAACUUACCAAAAGUAUGUUAUCGUUCAACGUAACAACACCGUUUCAAAAGUACAACAAAUUAAGUGGUCAUUUUGGAUUUAUGGAGGACAACAGACAUCUCGUAGCGAUGAUUCGCCACCCCACCGGAAAUAGCGGAAUCGAAAUUAAGCUCUUAAUACUCGCACUGAACGAUUUUGAUAUUAUAUUCAACUUAGCUACCCCGAUAGAAGUAUUGCAAGAGAUUUUGGUCGUCGGAAAACUUCAAGAAAACGAAGCCGAUUUUCGUUUAAAAUGGAAGCCAAUCGGUUUAGUUGGUUUCACGGGCGUUUGGCGAUACGAAGAUGUAAUGAAUUUCGAGCACUCGUACAAGUUGUUCACACCGAUAGAAGGAUUGGAGGAAAAUGGUGUUGUGGCCAAACUGAUCUACAGGGAAGGUUUGGAUUCUGAAUUGUCCAUCAAAUUGGCCGAGACCAGGUUGGGAGUUAUAGUCCGGGGAAAACCCAAGUCGAAAUUUCUGAAAGAAUUAGGCAUCGAGACGCAGCAGAUCUACAAUGAGAAGUUAGCCAACGGUGACGAACCGGGUCAAGUUAACAUCGGUAGGGAGGAUCCGCUUAGCUGGGAGGGAUUCGUUGAAAUUGAUACUUUGCUGUACCCUACCAUGCAGGGUUAUAUAGAUAUUGAACAAAAAGGAACCGUAUACGACCUUUUAGCAUCCCUUACGUUGCCCAACGGAAAGGCUGAAUUAAGAAAUGAAUUUGAUUAUAGGGGACGCUAUAACAUAGAAAAUCAAUUUUAUUUAAGCACCCCAUAUAAGACAUUUAAGUCGAUUUUUGCGGGCUUUUCUAUAAACUUAGUUCCGCAGAGUAAAUAUUUAGUGGACUUGAGUUUCGACUACCAGAACGACACCAGUUGGAUAAAGACCGGUGCGAAAGUGCACUACAUUAGUUCGACUGGAUCUGAAAACGUGUACAAUUUGACCGUCCACCUUCACACGCCUUCCAACGACAUUCCCUUAGUGGACUUCUCCGGGGCACUUCGUGCAGAUUCGAAACGUUACCGCACUGAAUUUAGGGUGACCACGAAGAGAACUGAUGCGUUCUUCGAUGGAGACUUACAGAUACAUGGAAAGGAAUCCUUGGAGUCCGAUGUUGAUUUCCAUAUAAAUUCACCGCUAUUCAACGUGCCGCAAGUAAAGCUGCACUUCUUUAAAGAUUUCGCAGACGCUGAGAAGAAGAUAAGACUGGAUUUCGAUACACCUCGAAGCAGGUCUAAUAAAGUUAAUUUCGCCACCGUUUGGCGGUAUGCUUCCAUAAAGGAUUUCAAAGUGAACCUGCAACUAGAUGCACCGUUACGUAGACUGUCAAAGUGUAAUGCUAGCGCCGAAGUUAACAUGACUGGACGUGACAAGCUACUGAGAGCUGACGUCUAUAGUUCCCCACUAUUCUUAAACGUUUACGGAAGUAUUCGUGAAGACCAAGUAAAUGGUAGCUUUAUUGUUCGCUCUUCAGAAGGAAUGACGCACAAUAUCGACUUGAACUGUACUCUUAAGCCUACCUCGCAGACUGAACUCAACGUAGACGGCAUCUUGACUUUUGAUGGUGCAGCUCACGAUCUUCAAGGAACUGCGGAGGUCCGUGAGGAUACUUUGAGAAGCGUAGCUCUUCAGAUGAGCGCUAAAGGUAAGAAAGUAGGAUCGUUCUUCCUCCGGAUAAAUCCCCUGACGGAUGGCUACAACCUAUCUAGUACGCUGAAUUAUGGAAAUGACUAUGCCAAGUUUGACGCGAGAACCUUCGUUAAGGACAAACUUGAAUGGAGCGUCGAUGUUAAGGCAGACACUUCACAUAGCAUGUACAAAUAUUUAGGAGUGCACGCUAGGGCAACAACCCAUGGAUCAAACACCACCCUCCUCUUAAGCGCCGAAACACCCUUCGAUGAUAUCGAGAGUCCCAGGUUUGGAAUUUCCACAGAUAUGGGCGCUGUCCACCAUAACGUAAAUGGUUUCUAUGAAUUGAAAGAUUCUGGUGGAAGUGCCGAAGGUUCAUGGUCAUGGAUGUUAUUGGAAGAUAUGAGUGUCAAUUUGCGGGGUAAUUUCCGGAAGGAUAACAGCAGUAAGAAGGCAAGUUUUAACGCGUUUUAUGCAAAUCCAAGAAAAGCAUUCGAAUUAUUGAAAGUAGGCGUCGACGUGAAUUUGAAUAGCACCUGGGGAGCGGGAAGCAACUUGACUUUGUCUUUGCCUGGCCCUAACAAGGUAGACGUCAAGGUGAACGUAAAGUUGUCGCCGGCUACUAAUGAAGUACACUCACUUCAUGGAAAGUUAUACAUAUUCGAUAAUUCCACUGCGUUGGACUAUUUGGGCAAAUACAAGAAAAUCGGAUCAAAUAUAAAUUACGGGAUUGAUGGAUCGUUAAAGUAUGGUGAUUUGAAUCAUUUAAGUGGAGACUUAAAUUUGGAAUGGGGAAAGUUUUUCGUUCAGAACCACGCCGCUGUCGAUACCGUAAAGAACGUAACCGAUAUUUUGUAUACCCUGGGAACAUCGCACUACAAGGAAGGUAAAACCAUAGCGACGUACCUGAAAUAUACGAGGUUCCUCCCGUACCAUAACGUAUCCUGUAAGGUGUUUAAUCCCGGAAGCAGACUUGUUGGUAGAGCGGACGUUGAUUUCAAGGAAUUUGGGAAUAUGAAUGGAACGGUGAACGUUACUACACCCUUCAAAGGGUUCGACCACAUCGGGGUUCACUUCGUCACCCUCACCACCUCGUCGGAAAUAAACCGCUUCACAGAAGUGUUUUGGGUAAAUAACACCGCCUUAUUGGACUCGAAAUGCAAAAUAACAAGGGGCCGAAAUUUGGGAGAGAGCCAAACGAAGGGGGUGAUCAACAUUGAAGUUCCUUUAGCGACAAGGCACGUGGCUCGUGUAGAUUAUGGAUAUCAGGUGAAUGAUCAAGUGACUGUUGGUAACGGAACGGUGGAGUACAACAAGGAGAAAAUCUUGGUUGGUAAAUACAACAGUAAGUCGGAAUCUCGAACCGGUUUCAAUAAAGAUAACAUACAUUGGGAGCUGAAGAAUGAUCACUAUCCCAUCGGGGCGGACUACGUACACGAAUACAAGUACAACGGAGACGGGGAUGGUGCAAACAUCCCAACCGUGGAUACAAAAUGGGCAAACGUGUAUAACUUGUACAAUAGGACUGCGUUGAAUAUAACCGGCGAGUUCGUGGUUGAAACAACUGGGACUGGACGGGAGAUUUCACUAACAGCGAUCCAUUCAAAUCGGACGGUUAAGUUUCGUACGAACUACGAUAUGUUGGACCAGCAAUUCAAACAGCACUCGCACCUCGAACUGGACCCGAAGGUUUGGUUGGCGUACGACAUAGAUUUGCUGAACAAGACGGAUGCAUUGUGCGAGGCCCAACAAAUACAGAUAAACCUUUCCUAUCCCAAAAGAAAUUUCACAGCCGCGGCUUCCUACAACUAUACAGGGUGGCUUCUCGCGAGUGACGUCGGCCUACAUUACGACAAAGACAACAACAAAACCGUACAAGGAGGAUUCGAGUGGAAGAUCGACGAAUCUGAUCCUCAGCAUCACGAGGUCAGGUUGGACGUUAAACACCCUUCGUUUGAAAAGAACGUGACGGUGUUUGGAGAGUACCAAGCGAAGGACGCGACGAUGGCGGACAUAGCUCUAGUUAUCGAUUACUCGACAAAUCCCGACAAAUUAGUGAAGUUGAAGGCUGCGGCGGCGAACCACUCGAAGAACAACGUGAUAAAGUACACGUAUACGGUGACGGGCGCCCACCCGGCGACCAAGUUGUUUCUAGACAUGAAAGGAGGAAUUGUUUGGAGACACAAAUAUUUCAUAUCUGAGCAUUAUGCCAACUAUACCAGAACUUUUGACCCUCAGGAGACUGAUGCCAUAUGCUUAUUAGACUUCGAGAAAGACGAAGUGAAAUUAAGGAGAAAAACGCCGAGCGAUUUGACAUCAUUUUGGGGUAAAUACGAGGGGUCGUUCCCUCUUUAUACGGCAAACAUGACGGCAGUAUACGGGAGCGACAUAGAUGCUAACGGAGAGUACUACCUAAAUUUCUACGAGAAACUUCUAAGGUUCGAUCUGAAUAAAACCAAAGACGGUAGCCAAAGCUUGCACAUGUACGGCGUAAUCCCGGACGCUCGUAACGCCAUCUUUGACAUUUGGCGAGAUUAUGAGGAAAUCCGAGUGUUUGAUGUCUCCUACUUAUUGCGCCUAAACCAUUCCCGACUGUUUAUAUCGAACCUGAAGUGGCGUCCUCAACUCCGGGACGAAAUGCGAAAAGCCGUUCAUUCUUUCCUUUACGAGGGCUACAAUAGAUUUACCGAAGAGGUGAACAAUACCCGCCAAUACGUUCGCAACGAAUUGAUCGCUGCCAUUGAGGAAGUUUGGUCCGACGCCACACCCCACAUUCAAACAUUUUUAGACGACUUCAAGGGAUUGAAUGUUAUUUCGGAGGAUCUACGGGAAUUGAAGAAAUUUGUUAACUCGUCUUAUUACGCCAAUGAAUUUUAUAUCCGCGACGUGGUCAAUCUCAUCUUACACACAGUUGAUGAGUUAUCUUUAAGGACACAUAUCGAAUCGGUUCCGGCAAUUGUCAAUGAAAUGUGGCAAGUGAUGGGCGAUUCCGGGAAAAAGAUUCAUCAAAGCAUCGUUUGGGUGAUCGAAAAAAUUAAAACUUACUAUCAGAAAGCGACCGACUUCCUGAACGAUAUACUUCAAGGGAAAGCUGUCGACCACCUUUCAGAUACCUUCAAAGUGUUCGUUGAAAAGUACGAUAAUUUUAUAAAGGAUAUGCACGUAUCGAUCAUAAAAUAUGCGGAAGACCUGUGGAGCAAGAGUUACAAGAUGCUCGUGGAGAAUUGGCGCAGGGCGUUAAUUUCCGUGGAACCAACCUUCAUUAAGAUAAUUCAUUACGUCGAACACAUAGUUUGGAGUGCCGGUCGAGAAUUUGUUGAUUUCCUCUACACGAGAAAAGCAGAAAUAUUGGAAUCGGAAUACUUUAAUAAAUUCGCUAAACUAACUCAAGACCUGGAUAGAUUUUACAAAGACAUAACAGGCGAUGACACUUUAGGAGCCAUACACAAGUACUCGAAAGUAGCUUUUGAUUUCUUAAAGAAAAAGUAUUUCGAGCUAGUACCUUUCGCUAAAGAAUUAGAGAGAAUAUAUACUGAAAUAGUGGACGAAGUAACUCAGUUGAAGAAUCUACCUUUAGCGCAAUUUAUGAUGCAAAGAUUCGACCAAGUAUACGAAAAGGUAAAAUGGUUCGCUGAUUAUUUCGACGUCCAAACUAAAAUUCACCGGUUCGUGACGCUGGUCCGACUGAAGUUGAUGGAUAUGAAGCGGAACGCGUUAGAAACGGAAAACCGCCACAGGGAGGCAAAGACCAAAUUUAUUUUUGAACCUUCGCAAGGCGUCAUGUAUCUAGAGCAAAAGCUACCGAUGUCGUGGCACGCGUUCAACGAGACCCCCAAAUUCGACGAAAUCCCCGAAUUUAAAAAGCUGAAGGACGUCCAGAGGUUCUUCUCCAGUUCAAAACUCACUUUCGCGAGUAUCUAUACGGACUAUAAACCCUUUAUCGAAGUGACUCAAUGGUUGCCUCCUUUCAAAGCUCAGGCUAUAUUGGUUCGUGGGAAGCAUUUUAUCACAUUUGAUCGCACUGUUUACGACUUUCGGGGAGACUGCACAUAUCUUCUCGCUAGCGAUUUCAGGGACGGUAAUUUUUCAAUCGCAGUUUCCUACAAUAAGCACCAAACGGGGAGUCAUAGGUUAUUAAUUUUAUUGAACAAGACUUUGGUUCAAAUAGACUUACAGACUAAGGUUAUAAACGUAGCGGGAAAAGAUUAUAUAGCGUUGCCGUAUAAAAUUGGGGAAUCUCAUAUCCACCUGGAGAGCGAUAUAGUAACGGUGGCGAGCGAAUACGGUUUCAAGGUGCAGUGCAACAUGAAAUUUGACGUUUGCAUGUUUGAGGUCUCGGGUUGGUACUUUGGGAAGACUGGAGGUCUUUGGGGGACCAUGAAUAAUGAGCCGUCGGACGAUUUUCUAACACCGGAAAAACAACGACUCGGGUACGUGGAAGUAGCGCAGUUCGCAAAUAGCUGGUCCUUGGACCGAAGUUGUUCCACAACGGAUCGACGACCGGUCGCGAAAAAUACAACGGAAAGUGUUAGAAUUCUUUGCGAAUCCUUCUUUGCCGGGAAAGUGUCCCCCUUUAUUACGUGCUUCCCGAGGGUCUCCCCAAAAUCCUUCCUAGAUAUUUGCCUGGAGAGUUCCGACGAGGAGGAAGUUUGUAGCGUUGCCAUCGCUUACAUCAGCCUUUGCGCCGAUGAGAGUACCCCCUUGCGCAUCCCGGACAAUUGUGUUAAAUGUAAAUUGGAAAAUGGUACAACGAUUCCAGAGGGCAAAUUCAUUACAAUGAAGGACCACGAAAUUCCACGUACGACGGACGUAGUUUUUAUUGUCGAGGGUAAAAACUGCAACUCAGACUUGAAAGCUUUGAAGAAGAAGGUGGAGGCGAUCGUUGAACAUUUAGAAAAGGAGCUUUUGCGGUUAAAUAUCACCAGGAACAGAUACGCGAUCGUGGAGUACGGGAAUCCGCCUGACGGCAACGGACGAGCUCACAGCGUCUUGAUCAAUAACACUGCCUUCGCCGAGCACCAGUUGAUAUCAUCAUUUCUUGAUCACAUUAAAACCAGUGGUGACGAUCAAACCGGAAACUCGGAUGUAUUCCACGCUAUAGAACUCGCUGCCGAAAUGGCUUUCCGACCAGGAGUUGCAAAGACAUUUAUUUUACUACCAUGCGCCGAUUGCCGUCAAUCAAGAAGGCUCGACUAUUCGAUCCUACACCAGUUGCUCGACGAGAAUGGCAUCGCGCUGCACAUAUUAAUGAAUGAAGAAAUCCGCUUCAAGAAAGCGACGCGCGCCAACAAAAUCGUUUUCGGAUUUGAUCGAAUACGGGCCUUUACCAAGUCGGACGCUGAUGACUUUAAAGGAGAUAGGAAGUUGAAGAAAGACAUUCACUUACCGAAGAACACUCUAGGUUCUUGUUUACCUCUGGCGCAAGAGUCGAACGGUGCUGUAUUUACCGGAAAGAAAUUAGAGGGAAAACUGGCUCCGAAAGCGGCGAAAGUUUUUGCUAGGAGGUUAGCUGAAUCCGCACAAUCGCAAAUGAGGUGUAAAACUUGCGAAUGUACCGGCCACAAUACCGGGGUGUCUUAUCUGGAAUGUCUUCCAUGCGAAGUACCAUCACCUUUUGAUACCUGGAAUUCUAGAGAAAUAGUCGCUGAAUUUGAUUAUGAGGACGAUUAAUAUAGGAUAAUAUGUAAUAAGUUCAUAUAUUUGUAGAUUAAGAGUAAAUAAAUUGCUAUUUUAAUACAAA